CUUUACCACCUCGCGCAUAAUGUUAUCAUUUAUAAACGGAUAAUCCUUGAUCGCUUUUGUAUAUUUCGCACCUGAUAGUUCGAAAUAAGAGGCACUGGGAAUCUCAAUUUCAUAUCAUCAGCCUCCGGAGAGAGCUCAUUUCGUUCUGGGAAUACUGGCUUGAGACGCUGAAAAUGAAGGCUGGAAGGAUUUUGUUGCUUCUUCUUUGUUUGAAUGUGGUUACGUUUGGAGUGAUUGCUGAUUUGCCAACAUGCCCUGCAUCAGAUCUUGGAAGUGGGUGUGGUGAUUCUGAUGAAUGGGAAGGGGAAUUUUUCCCCGGCAUUCCCAAAAUUAAGUAUGAGGGCCCUUCUACCAAGAACCCCCUUGCAUUCAAGUGGUAUAAUGCGGAUGAGGAGAUUCUUGGGAAAAAAAUGAAGGAUUGGAUGAGGUUUAGUGUUGCAUUUUGGCACACAUUCCGUGGAACAGGAGGUGACCCAUUUGGUGCAGCUACAAAGAAUUGGCCAUGGGAGGAUGGAACUAAUUCUGUGGCUAUGGCAAAGAGAAGAAUGAGAGCCAACUUUGAGUUCAUAAACAAGCUUGGAGUUGAUAGGUGGUGUUUCCAUGACAGGGAUAUCGCUCCUGAUGGCAAAACCUUGGAGGAAUCUAAUAAAAACUUGGAUGAAGUGGUGGCCCUUGCUAAAGACCUUCAGGGAACCAAAAUUCGACCUUUAUGGGGCACAGCUCAGCUGUUUUUGCAUCCUCGCUACAUGCAUGGUGGUGCGACUAGCCCUGAAGUAGGUGUAUAUGCAUAUGCUGCUGCUCAAGUUAAGAAAGCCAUUGAGGUUACACAUUAUUUAGGGGGCGAAAAUUAUGUUUUCUGGGGUGGCCGUGAAGGUUACCAGAGUCUCUUGAAUACUGACAUGGGAAGAGAGCUUGAUCAUCUGGCAAGGUUUCUUGAAGCUGCUGUUGCCUACAAGAAGAAAAUCGGAUACAAUGGGACAUUGUUGAUUGAACCCAAGCCUCAAGAACCUACCAAACACCAGUAUGACUGGGAUGCUGCAACAUCAGCAAACUUCCUGCGAAAAUAUGGCCUUAUAGGAGAAUUUAAGCUUAACAUUGAGUGCAAUCAUGCAACACUAUCUGGUCACAGCUGUUAUCAUGAGCUUGAAACUGCAAGGCUCAAUGGUCUACUAGGAAACGUUGAUGCAAACACUGGAGAUCCUCAGACUGGAUGGGAUACAGAUCAGUUUCUCACAGAUAUUGCGGAGGCAACUCUGGUUAUGCAGAGUGUAGUAAAGAAUGGAGGAAUAGCACCUGGAGGAUUCAACUUUGAUGCCAAAUUACGAAGAGAAAGCACAGAUGUUGAGGAUUUGUUCAUUGCUCAUAUCGGCGGAAUGGAUACCCUGGCCCGUGGCCUCCGUAAUGUUGCAAAGUUGGUUGAGGAUGGUUCUCUGCCUGACCUUGUUCGCAAACGAUACAAGAGUUUCGAUACUGAAGUUGGGGCCCUUAUAGAGGCUGGUAAGGCUGAUUUUGAGUAUCUUGAGAAGAAGGCAAUAGAAUGGGGUGAACCAACAGUUCCUUCUGCCAAGCAGGAACUUGCGGAGAUGCAUUUCCAGUCGGUUUUGUAAGCAUGCAGAGUAGGAUACUGGGUGUCGUUUGGUAGAGAUAAUAGGAUAUAAUAAUAUUUAGCAAUAAAGGACGGUGUUUCCUUUGUUCUGGGAGCAUCCAAGUUACCAGUUGAUGUGGAUCCUUGUAACCAUGUAGAGUUACAUAUUACUUAUCUACAACAGCGUUUACACUGAGCUUUUGAGCUGUGAUUUGGUAACUUGCUGUUUAAGGUUUCGCUUUUAAAUUUGAACAAUAUGUAGUGCAUGAAAUGGAUCGUGAAAGGGCAAAGGCGGCCGAAUUUGUCAUUUUAGUAUUUUCUUGAAAUAUUAUUUUGUCUA